AUGGCGGACACGUGUGGCCAAGUAUUGCUGGGAUCAGGGCUCACCGUCCUCUCCCACCCUUUGAUGUACAUUAAAGUCCUGAUCCAGGUAGGACAUGAGCCACUUGCUCCAUCCCUGGGCAGGAACCUGUUUGGCAGACAAGUGUACCAGCUGCCUGGACUGUUUGCUUAUGCAAAACACAUAAUCAAGAUUGAUGGAAAAGCAGGUCUCUUCAAAGGUCUCGGUCCAAGGCUCUGUGCUGGCUCCAUCGGCACCAUAGUGCACAGCAAGGUUGUGCAGAAAUGUCAGGAACAAGGCACACUUCAGGUACUAGGAGGUCAGCAGAAAGCUGUGGAGGGCUCCCUACAGCACGUUGUUAAUGAGACAACCAAAGAGAUGGUGGCUCGUUCCUGCGCCACCAUCGUCACACAUCCCUUUCAUGUGAUUACUUUGCGAUGUAUGGUCCAGUUUAUUGGGAGGGAAACAAAAUACAGUGGGGUGUUUGACUCCAUCGUCACAGUCUACAGAGAAGAAGGCAUCCUGGGCUUCUUUGCUGGUUUGAUUCCUCGCCUGCUCGGUGACGUCCUGUCUCUGUGGAUCUGUAACCUGCUGGCUCAUCUCAUCAAUACGUACGCCAUUGAUGACUCGAUGAGUCACACAGGAGAAAUCAAGAACUGCUCUCAGGCUGUGACGGGGUUCUUCGCCAGUAUGCUUACAUACCCUUUUGUUUUGGUGUCAAACCUCAUGGCCGUCAAUAACUGCGGGCUUGCUGGAGGCCUGCCCCCCUAUGCAUCAGUAUAUCCCACCUGGGUGGACUGCUGGAUGCAUCUAAGCAGAGAGGGCAACAUGAGCAGAGGCAACAGUUUAUUUUUCCGGAAGCUUCCGGCAGGAAAGGUGUAUGCAAUUGACCAGAAGAGAUUUUUUUAAAGCCUCGAGAACUGAGCUGAACAUAGUUGUGAUAAUAAAACAAAUAAAAAAAUCAUCAUUGCCUGAUCUGGGGGCUGGACAGUCGGCACUAAAUCUUUUUGUUUCUUUUUGUAUGCACUUGUUUACUAUGAGGGUUCUUUUACUUGACCUGUGAAAUAAAAACACUUUAAUUUCCAGUUAAUUUCCAGCAGGCUUUGUUUUAUUAACAUACAUUUACAGAUUGAAACUGCAGGGCUGUAAAAUAAUGGAGCAUUAAUCUUGUUUUUAAAACCCACAUGAGGCUCAUGUGUCUGAAUAGUGUUAUGACAGACCAAGUGUGUAAGCGCCCCCCCCAUGUUUUUUUUUAUAUAGAUUAUCGACAAUGACUCUCCCUCAUCCACGUGAUGGGAUUGGUUUGUUGAAAACAGCACUUCAGUCUGCAUGUGGUAUGUCUAAUAAUUCACAUGUUAGUGAUCGAGUGGGACCGCUUGUCUCAUGUGCUGUUGUCUUGAUGUGUUAAUUAUCAUAAAGCUGCUUGGCGGGCGUGUGAUGCUAGUGAAAAGGAGGGAAAGGACCCAGAGGUGAUGGUUGUUCAGGAGCAUGUUUUGGAUGUACAGAGGCAUGGAGGGCAGCUAAGCUGACUAAUAUCUCUCGGCACUCUAAGCAGCCGAGUGCUUGUAUCAAUUCAUUCUGACUGACCCAAAUAAAAAUGCUUUUUUGA